UUCUCCCUUCUCUCAUUAUAAGUGUAGAAAGACUUUUUCCCGUAUAUUUAUAAGUCAUAGAAGAGGAAACACAACACAAUAAUCCAAAGGAAAAUUCCUCCAUCCAUUAAUUCCAUCGGUGCGAGUCCGGUAUAUCAGGCCAUCAUCAGCCACUCUCAACUCCUCGAAACUCAUCGAUCAUUCGUCAAUACACUGCUUUCUCCUCCUCUUCUUUUCUGAUCAGUUCAGAUGUUCAAUCCCUUGGUUUGUCUCAGUUUUAAAGGACAAAAUGAAGAAGAAGAAGAAGAAGAAGCUCCUUAUUCUCCUUCCUCAAAGACAACAACAACAACAACACCGAGGAGCAAUCGCAACGAGAAGAACCCUUACUCCACACUUGGCCUUGACAAGUUCGCAAUUCUGUUGACGGAUCUCGAGGAGAAGAGACGCAAUAUUUAUGCGCAAAGGGCCUUCAAACACUCCCAGGAUGUCCCUUAUGUCAGAUUCGUCUACUCCAACACCGGUGACUGGGUCCCCAUCUUCUUCAAAUACCCUAAAAACAGACACAGACAAAAGCACGAUAAGACGGUGGCGAAGGGAUUUGUCAUGGGGACUGAUCAUGGUAAUAGUGGUGGUCAGGAGGACAAGCGCCUACAGCUGUACAACAACAGCAAGCCCUCCCUCUCCCUAAAACCGAUCGUUCAAUUUCAACGCCCGCCGAUCUCUUCUUCGGACGUAAGGAAAGUCCACAAGAAGAUUAAUAGUCAGAAUAGUCAUAGCCAUAGCGUACAAAGGUUGGAGAGGUGGAGACCUUCUCAGUAUUUGCCCAUCGUUCUGGUGCUCAGUUUAGUGUGGUUGUUGAUGUUUGGGAGAUCCGUUGCCAUAAUCCUCACCGCGGCGUGGUGGUAUCUGAUCCCCAUUUUCAAGACUCCUAGCGCUCCAAUGAAUCCCAAGCCCAAGAGAUCAUCCUUUGGUAAGACGAAGUACUACGCCAGAAGAUUGAGUGAGAGGAACAUCCAAUCAUUGAAUGAUGAAAUCAAUGAUUACCCCUAACCCACAAGACUAAUAAGAAAUGGCCGAAGUUGGUCAAAUUUUCAUUGCUUUCUUUCUUACUUUUCUAUCCCACUGAUCCCUUGAAUGAUCAGACUAGUUGACAUGUUCCCUGGGGUUGGUUUGGUUUUGAAUGCUAAUUGUACAUAAUGAAUGUGUGAAUUUCGAGUGCAGUUUGAUCAUCUGGCGAGUUAACAACAAAA